CUCUUCACUUGGUUUUGUACUUUCAAAGACACAGAACAGGACACUUCUUCUCUCUCUUUCUUCUGUCACGUGACAUCUCAAUUAUAAAGAGAGGGGGUAAAGAAAGUGACUAUUUUCACCAAGAACCCAAGACAAAGACACUUAUUUCUUUGGUCCUCUCCCUCUUGUAAUAAUAUCUAUCAAUCGAUCUUUAGGAGAUUCAGGCCGCUCUCUCCGUGUUGGAUACUUGUCUGUUUAGAGAGACGGAGAGAGAAAAGAGAGUUUUUUUUUGUUUGUGUUAAUUUGUGUGUGCCCGUCGUUGCAAUAUAGGUAAGAAAGAAAUGCAACAGCACCUGAUGCAGAUGCAGCCCAUGAUGGCAGCCUAUUACCCCAGCAACGUCACUACUGAUCAUAUUCAACAGUAUCUGGAUGAAAACAAGUCAUUGAUUUUGAAGAUUGUUGAGAGCCAGAAUUUAGGGAAGCUCAGUGAGUGUGCAGAGAACCAAGCAAGACUACAGCGGAACCUGAUGUACUUGGCUGCAAUUGCUGAUUCUCAGCCCCCGCCACCUACCAUGCAUGCCCAGUUCCCUUCCAGCAGCAUUAUGCAGCCAGGAGCACAUUACAUGCAGCACCAACAAGCUCAACAGAUGACACCACAAGCCCUUAUGGCUGCUCGCUCUUCCAUGCUGCAGUAUGCUCAACAGCCAUUCUCAGCUCUGCAACAACAGCAAGUGCAAGCCUUACACAGCCAGCUUGGCAUGAGUUCUGGUGGAAGCGCAGGACUUCAUAUGCUGCAAAAUGAGGCCAUCAUGGCAGGAGGCAGUGGAGCACUUGGUGUUGGAGGAUUUCCUGACUUUGGAAUCGAUGCUGCUGGUAGAGGAAUUGCAAGUGGGAGCAAGCAAGAUAUUCGGAGUGCAGGAUCUAGUGAAGGGCGAGGUGGGAGCUCUGGAGGCCAUGGUGGUGAUGGAGGUGAAACCCUUUACUUGAAAUCUGCAGAUGAUGGGAAUUGAGAUGUAAGAAAUGGUGAACCUACUGGUUUGUCAACAUCUGAACUUAGGAAUGUUUAGCCAGGAAGUUGAUCUAGAGAUAGGAACCAGGGAGGACUUGCUGCCUAGAAAACUUGUCAUGCAAAAACUCGUUGAAGACUUACCCCAAACCAUUGGCUGGCUUGUUUUGAAGUAUUGGGACAACGAAUCUUGUGGUAAUGUAUCAUAGUAAAUUUCUAGGUUAUGUUUUGGUGUGCUUUAA